ACACUGCAGUGGCCGUGACAGAGUCAGGAAACAAGCCAAGCCGUGCCGUGCCGUGCCGAGCCGAGGCAGCAAUUCAACACAGAGCUCGACCCGGUGUUUACACACGGAGCUUAGCAUUUUAUCUGAUGAUGGAAGAACAGCUGAAGAAGACACUCGCUGCCGGAUAAACCGCCGAGACGGAUGCAAGGCGCGGUGUUCCGGUGGGAAUCAUCUGGAGCCCUCUGUGAGGAGUGGAGACGGACCUGUCAUGGAUGUCACGGUGUGUCUGUGCAGGUAAACGCCAAAAGCAAGGCAGCCUGGCUAGCCGCUCGGCUAGUCGCGCAGCAGGAAGAUAGCUUAGCACCAGACGCUAACGUUACCAACUAACGGACAAGUUGGGUUGGAUGAACUGUUGCCAGACACCACCGCCCAGCAUGGAUAUCUUUUCCCCCCGCAAAUUUUAAACUGACUUUAUAAACGACCAUACAUUGUCCUUUUAUUUUUGGUUUUGUAUUACCCUGAAGGAUAAACUCGUGGCUGCUGGUGCUGCACGCUUGAUUGACAGCUUGUCACAACGGGUUCUCCAGAUGUGCAGGCAGCACGGGGCGUACCGAGUGUAGCUCGGCUCUCUUAAGUUAGCUAGCCGCAGGACCGGCUACUGACCAGGAAUGGCUGGCUUGGACAAACUCUUGGGGGGGGACUCUGAACUCCAGUGAACUGCAUCAGCACGCGAUGAAUUUCAUUUCGGUGGCGAGUCGUCACUGAAGUCGACACCAGCGCGAGCGGACACGUUGCCAGCAGGCUGAACGGCUGACAUUAUACCGAGAGGACUCAGCCGCACGGCGACACGGGCUGUCGAGCGGGCCAAACCCACACGCGCCAGUGUUUUUUUUAAUACAGUUAAGUGAUGAAGAAGAUGGAAAAUAGAAACAAGAGGAAACUCAUGGAGCACCAGGAGAGCGGGGGAGCGGAGAAAGAUGCGAGGGAGUUUGUGGUUCCACCUCCUCUCCUCUUCAGGAAGCUGAGCAACCCCGACCUGUCGCCCGCGGCCACCGCCGCUACCAAAUCCAAACUGCACCGACAGCUGAGCCAGGACGAAAGCUGGACCCGACGCAGCAGCCUGGCCAUGACCGGUAAGCAGCUGCUGCCUCUGUCCAGCAGUCUGCACGCCGGAGUGAGCCAGCUGGCCUGGCAGGGGCCACCGGGAGGUUGUGGAGGGCCCGGGGCCACGGGGGGAAUGUCCGCAGGAGGAGGAGGAGGAGAGGGGAACAACCUGGUCCGCAUGAGGAGCCAAACCUUGGGGCAGUCUGCUCCGUCUCUCACCGGACUGAAGGAGCUGAGCCUUCCCAGAAGAGGCAGUUUCUGUCGAACGAGCAACAGGAAGAGCCUGAUUGUGACGUCCAGCACCUCCCCCACUCUGCCACGACCACACUCACCUCUGCAUGGACACACAGGUACCAGCCCGCUGGACAGCCCUCGCAACUUCUCCCCCAACACAGCUGCACACUUCUCCUUUGUUCCUGCACGCAGUCACGGACACAGGGCUGACAGGACGGAUGGCAGACGCUGGUCUCUGGCCUCGCUGCCUUCCUCAGGCUAUGGCACCAACACUCCCAGCUCCACUGUCUCGUCCUCCUGUUCAUCUCAGGAGAAGCUGCACCAGCUGCCCUUCCAGCCCACGCCAGACGAGCUGCACUUCCUCACCAAACACUUCAGCUCCGAGAGCAUCACGGACGAGGAGGGCCGCCGCUCCCCCGCCAUGAGACCGCGCUCCCGCAGCCUCAGCCCCGGGCGUUCGCCUAUCUCCUUCGACCAUGAGAUCGUGAUGAUGAACCAUGUGUACAAGGAGAGGUUCCCCAAGGCGACGGCUCAAAUGGAGGAGCGUCUGGCUGUGCUGCUCUGCUCCUCGGCCCCGGACAAGGUGUGCCCGCUGGCCGACGGGGUCCUGAGCUUCAUCCACCACCAGCUGAUAGAGCUGUCCAGAGACUGCCUGGUGAAAAGCCGAGAGGGCCUCAUCACCUCCCGCUACUUCUACGAGCUCCAGGAGAACCUGGAGAAGCUGCUGCAGGAUGCUCACGAGCGCUCGGAGAGCGUGGAGGUGACCUUUGUCACGCAACUCGUCAGGAAGCUGAUGAUCAUCAUCGCCCGGCCAGCGCGUCUGCUGGAGUGUCUGGAGUUUGAUCCGGAGGAGUUCUACCAUUUGUUGGAAGCAGCAGAGGGCCAUGCCAAGGAGGGCCAAGGCAUCAAGUGCGACAUCCCCCGAUACAUCAUCAGCCAGCUGGGCCUCACCAGGGAUCCCCUGGAGGAAAUGGCCCAGCUGAGCAGCUAUGACAGUGGGAACCCAGAAACCCCAGAGACUGAUGACUCCGUGGACGGUCAAGGCACCCCAGUCCCAGCAGCUCCUCCACACUUUAAAGCCAAAGCACCUCGUGAGGAAGACUUUGAAAACAUCAAGCUCAUCAGUAACGGAGCCUACGGCACCGUGUUCCUGGUGCGUCACAAGGAGACCCGGCAGCGUUUCGCCAUGAAGAAGAUCAACAAGCAGAACCUGAUCCUGAGGAACCAGAUCCAGCAGGCCUUCGUGGAACGGGACAUCCUGACGUUUGCCGAGAACCCGUUUGUCGUCUCCAUGUUCUGCUCCUUCGAGACCAGGAGACACCUCUGCAUGGUGAUGGAGUACGUGGAGGGUGGAGACUGUGCCACGCUGCUGAAGAAUAUCGGAGCUUUGCCGGUCGACAUGGCCCGUAUGUACUUUGCAGAGACCGUCCUCGCGUUGGAGUAUCUUCACAAUUACGGCAUCGUGCACAGAGACCUCAAACCCGACAAUCUUCUCAUCACCUCCAUGGGACACAUUAAGCUGACAGACUUCGGUCUCUCAAAGAUCGGUUUGAUGAGUUUGACCACAAACCUGUAUGAAGGACACAUCGAGAAAGACACCAGAGAGUUCCUCGAUAAACAGGUGUGUGGCACUCCAGAGUACAUCGCCCCAGAGGUGAUUCUGCGUCGGGGCUACGGGAAGCCGGUGGACUGGUGGGCCAUGGGAGUCAUCCUGUACGAGUUCCUGGUGGGCUGUGCUCCUUUCUUUGGAGACACACCGGAGGAGCUGUUUGGUCAGGUCAUCAGUGAUGAGAUCAUCUGGCCGGAGGAGGACGAAGCUCUGCCUCAGGAAGCUCAGGACCUCAUCUCCAGACUGCUGAGACAAAAUCCUCUGGAGCGACUGGGCACAGGAAGUGCCUUUGAGGUGAAGCAGCACUCGUUCUUCACAGAGCUGGACUGGAACAGCCUGCUGAGGCAGAAGGCCGAGUUCAUUCCCCAGCUGGAGUCUGAGGACGACACCAGCUACUUUGACACUCGCUCCGACCGGUACCACCAUGUAGAUUCAGAGGAAGAGGAUGACACCAACGAUGAGGAACAUGUGGAGAUUCGGCAGUUCUCCUCCUGCUCGCCUCGUUUCAGCAAGGUGUACAGCAGUAUGGAGCGUCUGUCUCUUCAUGAGGAGAAGAGGACUCCUCCUCCCACCAAACGCAGCCUCAGUGAGGAGGGAGGAGAUCGCAUCGACAGCCUGUGCGGACUCAAGUCCAGAGAUCGAUCCUGGCUGGUGGGAUCUCCAGAGAUCCUGCGGAAGCGUCUGUCUGUCUCGGAGUCGUCCCACACAGAGAGCGACUCCAGCCCACCACUGACCGUCCGGAGACGCUGCUGUUCAGCCAUCAUUGAGAUGCCCCGCUUCGCCAUCUCCUCAGAGGAAGAGGGGGGUCAAGGUGCAGCUGGAAGCCGCAAGAGUCCCAGCCUGUUGGGUCUGAGUGCAGUGAGGGGCCCGCGGUGUGACGAGCUGCCCCUCGCCAUCCCAGAGCUCCCAGUGGAGAGAGAGCUGAAGCUGGAUGAGUCUCCCACCACACCGAGCUCCACCUGCAGUCAACUGAGCAAGGCCACGCUCACAUCGGGCGGUUCAGGCGACGUGAGUGACCGUGGUCACAGAGGUAACGGCGGUGCCAGUGCAGCUGCUAAAGCUGCAGCAGACAGCGACUCUCCGUCCACUCCAAGAGCCAUCAGCGACCUGGCGGCUCGCAGGGCUCGCCAUCGGCUGCUGUCUGGGGAUGCAGACAAACACACGGCGGCGCCAAGCUCCAGACCGCUCAACAAGGUCAUCAAGUCGGCGUCUGCCACAACAUUGUCACUGAUGAUCCCUGCAGACCACCAUGGAGCCUCUCCAUUGGCCAGCCCGAUGUCACCCCACUCACUGUCGUCCAAUCCGUCGUCGCGGGACUCCUCCCCGAGCCGCGACCUGUCCCCAGCCGUCAAGCCCCCCAUGGUGAUCCAAAGAGCGGGCAAGAAGUAUGGCUUCACCCUGAGGGCCAUCCGAGUGUACAUGGGAGACUCUGACAUCUACACUGUGCACCACAUGGUCUGGCAUGUGGAGGUGGGCGGUCCAGCCCACGAUGCGGGGCUGAGGGAGGGAGACCUGAUCACCCAAGUCAACGGAGAGCCGGUUCACGGUCUGGUUCACACAGAGGUGGUGGAGCUCAUACUGAAGAGCGGUCCCAUAGUCUCCAUCUCUGCCACCCCGUUUGAGAACACAACCAUCAAGGUCGGCCCCGCCCGAAAGACGACCAACAAAUCCAAGAUGGCGAGACGAAACAAGAAGACCAAGACCAAGGAGGGACAGGACAGUAAGAAGAGGACGUCUCUGUUCAGGAAGAUCACCAAGCAGGCGUCUCUCCUCCACACCAGUCGCAGUUUGUCCUCUCUGAACCGCUCUCUCUCCUCUGGGGAGAGCGGCCCAGGCUCGCCCACACACAAUCUGUCACCACGGAGCCCGACGCAGGGCUACAGGUCCACGCCAGACUCCACCCACUCAGUUGGUGGAAACUCAUCUCAGAGCAGCUCUCCCAGCUCCAGUGUCCCAAACUCCCCGGCGAGCUCCGGCCACAUCAGGCCCAGCUCCCUGCACGGCCUCGCCCCGAAGCUCCAGCGCCAGUACCGCUCACCCCGACGCAAGUCUGCCGGCAACAUCCCCCUCUCCCCUCUGGCCCGCACACCUUCGCCCACCCCUCAGAGCUCCUCGCCACAGCGCUCACCCUCCCCUCUGCCCAGCCACGCUCUGGCACAGUCUGCGGUGGGUCAGUCGUUCCCCGUGAAGCUCCACUCCUCCCCUCCCCAGGUGAGGCAGAUAUCCAGGCCUAAGAGCGCGGAGCCUCCACGUUCUCCGCUCCUCAAGAGGGUGCAGUCUGCUGAGAAACUGGCCUCCUCACUCUCCAACCCCCCCCCGUCUCCGUCUGGGGUGGCCGCCGUGGGAGCGACUGCGGGGAGCCGCAAACACAGUCUGGACAUCUCGCAUUCUGAGUUUAAGAAGGAGAUUCUGCAGAGAGAACCGAGCCUACAGAGCCUUCAGGAGUCAGCCAGCGAGGGUCUGCUGUCCUCAGCAGGACGCAGCGUGGAGACGGGCAGCCUGCAGAAACACUCCUCUUCAUCCAGGAAGUUAGGGCGUCAGGAAGGGGACGGCGCCCUCAGCACGGUGUCCGGCUCGCUGGGCCUGGCCCCCGGGAAGAGCAAGCUGAAGGACAAACUGUCCGCCAUCCGGCAGGACAGAGCCGAGCGGAGGGAGUCGCUCCAGAAGCAAGACGCCAUCCACGAGGUCGAUUCAUCUGAGGACGAGACGGAUGAGGGCUCAGAGGACAGCCAGGACGGACGCAGGGGGGCGACCUUCACCCCACCUCCCCUGCUGAGGCCCACCACUGUGAGAACGGGCCCCGGAGGCACCCUGCCCUCCCUCUGCCUCUCCCCUUGCACCCCUCAUGCCACCUUCACCCACACAGGGCCCACCCAGAUAGGCAGGCCCACUCCCUCGCACACCCUCCCCUCUCUUGCAGAAACAAAGGCUAAUCAGAGCACCCCCUCUCUGGGAGUAAAAGAUGCAAGGUCUGCUUCAUCUACGGAAGACAGUGCAAAACAAGAGAGGAAGGUUCUAGAACCGAGAGGUACCACCAAACCCACUCAGGGCUCCCUUCCCUUCUCCACCCCAGGCAGUGCAUUCAUCUCAGUCAGCAAGGACACUUUCCUCAAGCCAGCUCCUCCACAGGACUCAAAGAGACUCGGGGGGAGGACUGCACCUUCAGAGCCCAGGGCAGAGGACCAAACCCUGGACAGCCCUAGCACCACAGUCCCCUCUACCACGACCACCACAGAUACUACAGAGUGCAGAACCAACACGAAUAGCACAGACUCCAGAACUGCCACCAGUGCUACUGACAGCCAAGAGACUCCCCGCGCCUCCUGCUCCUCUCCUAGCAUCCCCAAGGAGAAGAAGGAGGCAGACAACCGGAGACUCUGUGCUGCGGCUGCUGCAAGUCUAAAUGCGUCGCCCUCGUCCACUUCUGGCUCUGGCUCCGGCUCCGGCUCCAGCUCCAGUUCCAGCUCCCCAGUUCCGGCCCCUGAGAGUGCCGUGGAGAAAGUUGUGUCCCAGCUUGCGACGGUAGCUAAGAGCGUUCUGGGUCCCGUCAAACUGAGCCCCGCCGCAGACAAGAGCCAGCAGGACCCGAAACCAUCCACAGGGGGCACCCCAGAAGUCACACCAACUGGCCCCCUCUCAUUUCCCUCUAAAAAGCCCCCAACCCCUCAGUCCCCUCAGUCCUCUCACCUUUUGGAGUCCCAAACAAGACAGAAAACUGAGCAAGUUGCCUCACCAACCCCCUCACUGAGGUCGACCAAACCAUCCACCCAGAAAGACUUUGCAGCCCUGCCGCCGUCAUACCGCAAGGAUGUCCCAGAAAGGCCCACAUCAGGGUCUGCAUGUAGGGAGAACGCUGCUACGUCUGCAUCUGCACCGUGGCCGGUCGCAGCAGCCGCUCAGCCUGCCCUCAACACUCACCCAAGCUCCUCUGCAGCAUCUGAGCCACAGCGCAAGAGCUCCGAACCCCAGACGACAACUGCCAACGCUGUGUCCGCCUCCGCGCAACAAGACAAAGCAACCAGCAAGAAGACGUAGCAGCGAGAAGUACCAGAACAAAACAGAUCACACACCUUAGUGCUGGCUUGAGGUUUUAGAACUCACACAAACUGCAUGUUUGGAAGAAAACAUAUUAGUAACUUGGCUCUAAUCAGAGACUUUCAAAGCAAAAGAAAGAGUGAGACGCAGAGACAGAUGUGGUUAUCCUAGUUCCAUUCCAGCUCUUCUGUACUCCUCAUGUUCAUGCGAGUUAUUUUGGUGUCCUGACUAUUUGGUUCCUGAUUUAAGACUAAAUGCCACGAGGAGUUGGCGUUUUUAUUUUUAUUUUUAUGCAAACACGUUCGGGGCUAGAAAUAAAGAGCUCAGUGGUCCGUGGACAUCCAGUAUAUAACGCAGACACCUUACACACACCGCUCACGCUCACGAUCACGCAUGUGCUGCCUCAUUACCUCCACGCAUCUUCCUCUAACGGAUCAGGGGGCGCCUUAUUGAACACACACUCUUUCCCUCCUCCCGUCCCCUCCUUGCCCAACAAUAUGGAAGAAGAUUGUGUCUCAGCAAUAAAGCGCAGCGUAUGUUUAGCAAUCUGUAUAAACGCAUUACAGUGUUUUUAAUAGGACUAAAUCUGCAGCACCAAUGUACACUCAGCACCCAGCUAACUAGGCCAAAUUAAAUUCUCCUCUUCGCUGUCGUCCCUGCUGAUCCAACGCUGCAGGGACUGCAGGAUUUAAACAUUUGGAAAGCUGUAAGCUGUCUCAUUGUACUUAGCUGCAGCUAAUUAGUUUCCUACAAAUGCUGAAAGCUAAACUAAAUGCAUUCGAUUAGUCUUCAUAGUUGUGGUUCACUUUUAUGCCGCUGUCAGCAGAGUUAGCAGCCAGGCUUACCGGGUAUGUUUUAACUCCGAACUUGAAAUGAAGCCAAGGAUUUGAAUGCACACCUGAUUUCAUUGGUCGCCUGCACACGCCUCCAAAAGCUUCACCAACAUUCAGCUGAAGAAUCCAAACUGAGCACGCUCAGACCGACGCUGGUUGUUUUAGAAACACUGUUCUGUUGGACCGCCGCCUCUUUAUUUCUAGCUCCAUCAGCCUCUAAAGGCUGCGCUCGUUUUAUUUUGGUAUCUGGACCAACUUGCUGUGUGUUUUUUUUUUUUUGUUUAUUUUUUGCCUCUGAUCCUGUAAAGUCAUCAGACUUUUUUGUGUGUGUGUGUGUGUGUGUGUGUGUGUGUGUGUGUGUGUGUGUGUGUGUGUGUGUGUG